AUGUUUCAGUUCCAGUUUGAACUGGAAUCAGACCUACUAGCUGUUCUUGAGAAAAGACCAUACCACUAUGCUAGAUGGAUGGUCAUACUCCAACGAUGGGAGCCUACUAUCUCACCUUCCUUUCCGUCGCUGAUACCUUUUUGGAUUAAAGUUCAAGGUAUACCUUUACAUCUCUGGGAAGAAGGUACAAUCAAAAGCAUUGGUGAGGAUAUCGGAAUCUUUGAAACGUACGAGAUUACUCCCACCUCGGUACGUAUGAGAGUUCAGAUAAACGGCCGACUACCCCUUAUAACAUCCUUUGUCAUCGAGUAUUCAACUGGAGAAGAAGUAACCGCCACGCUGAUAUAUGAGAAGUUAGAGAAACACUGCUCAAAAUGUUUCCAACUGGACCAUGAGAUUAAAGACUGUCUGGCUGCAAGGGCAGAGAAGAAACCUAAAGAAAAAGAAUAG